AUGGCCCCACCUCCUCCAGUAAUUCGCACUACCGGAGCGACGAUGCUACGACAGGAUCAUCAGUUGUGGACACAGCACAAUACCUCCAAUCGAAAUCUAUUGGUGAAAGCCGUCGUAUUGCGUCGUCUCCUUAGGGUGCGUGAGAAUAAGAAGGCCAUGCUACAAUCUUCUAAUGAUGAGGCAAGUGUAGGAACUGUACACAAAAUGCCUCAUAUAUCAAACCAGCCAGAGAAGGAACGAGGUCUGCAAGGAAACAGGAAAACAAUAGACAAUGAUAUUGGAAAUAGCAGAGCGAGGAAGCUUCUAGUAAACGAGGGCGCAACAACAAAGAUUUCAAAGAAGCCAAUGAACAAGAUUGAAUCCGAACCGCAGGGCCAGACGAAAGAGGGAGAGAGAACUACCAAGAAGCUAAGGGUUCAUUGUCAGCGGAAACCAAGAAGCGAGAAAACCUCUAGUACCACGAAAAUGCAGCAUCAAAUUCCAUUGCUGAAUCAUCACAAUUCUGAUACGUCAAACGAUACGAGUAGAAAGGAGCAAGUUCUAGAUUUCGACGAUCUUAACCCACUCGGGGCCCUCUGCUGCACCCUCCAGGAGUUACAUGAACAAACUUCUAGACUUUUGGUUCUGUAA